AUGGAUCUUUACCAAAAAAUCGAUCAAAAAACCCAGGAGAUUGAAGAGAAAAAAAAGCUUGUCAGAAAUUUGGAAAGAGCUACAGCUAGACUUCAGGAUGAAAUUAUGAUGCUUAAUGAAAAAAUCGAGCAAACUGAAGAUAGACUGGAGCAUCAUGGUCACGAAUUGGUAUAUCGCCGCCAGCGUCUGAAAGAGCUCUCUGAAGUGUCAAAUCCGCAAGAUGAAGAGCAAGCAGUGCAAAAACAGGUAAGUGCUGAGGAGGCACAAAGUUUCUUAAGGAACAUUGAGAAAGAUAUAAAGCAAAAAAUUUUAAAUUUAAUCAGCAGAAGGGAGAUAUUAGACAAUGACCCACAAGAGCUGUUUUUCUUUGAAGGCCAAAAGUUUGAAAUUAAGCCAAAUACGAUUAUCCAUACUGUUAAAGUCAAAUAUAUUUCGUUGCUUCUUCCACAAGAAGAAGAUAGAGGAAUGAAAACGGUCCCGAAAGAAGCAACUUUUAGAAUUACAAGAUUUACUACACUAAAAGAUCUAAGAGCUACUGCCUGUGAAUACUGAGUAAUUACUAUAUAGAAUCUUGCGCCUGAUAACUGCAGUUUAAGGCUUCAAAAUUUUACUACUGUAGAAAAAAUUUUGGAUCAGCCUAUUGACUCUUAUUUCAUGAAAAAUACAGUCUUUCCUGAGCUAUGACUGACUGAAAAUGACCCCAGGAUAUCAAAAUACACGAAUAAGCCAGAACAGUACAGUAAAUACUAAUAUAGUUGAUGAUCCUACAGUGGCAAUCAAAGAAGAUAAUAAAUCUGCUGAAGUCAGUCAAAUACAGAAAGCCAAGCAAGAAAAAGAAAAAGCCUUAAAUAUCCUUGAUAAUUACAGAGGACUUAAAUACUAUUUACCCCCUAGAAUUGAAGGCAUUGAAGAAGUUGAGGAAAAAAGGCUCCAUGGUAGAGAUACAUCUUGCUGCACUGCUCUAUUUUUAGUUUUAUUGCUGGCUUUAACUAUUUAUAUUAUUGGCCAAAGAAGAGAUGUCACUAACUCCCCCCCUCCGUGAGUGAACAAAACCAUUAGAAAAAUCGCUAUUUUGGCCCAAAAACCCACCCUCCGUGAAUGAAAAAAAAAUUUUUUAAUAGAAAAAUUUUUAAUUGAAAAAAAUUUUGAUUAUAAGUGAUAAUUAGUAUAAUGAAAUGUAGAGCUAAUUCUGUUUAAUUUAAACAAAUUGCGUUUUUAAAACAUAAAUUUUAUAAAUUAAAUUAAUAUUUGCUUCCCAAUUUUGCAAAUUAGGAUUUUUUUUAAAUUUCGAAAAAAAAAAAUUUAACCCCCACUCACGGAGGGGGGGAGUAAGGAAUACUGACUCCAAAGCGGAAUUUCAAGAUUUGCUAUGCAAGAAGACUCUAAUGGACAAACCUUCUAUGAUGUCUCCUCAAAACCAGAAAUGACAACCUGAAUAGUUGAAAUCGUGGGUGGGACCCUUUUUUCUUCUUCAACAGCAGAUCAGAAUUAUCAAAAAUUAAUGCAUAGAAUGCAGCUGGUGGGGCAGUUAGCAAUUAGACAAGUCAGAACGCGAGAAAUGUCAUGCCCGCGGAGUGACUUAGACACAAGAAAUUAUACAUGCUAUCACAGAACAUACAGCUCAAGCACAAGGCAAGAAGAUACAAUAGCAGGAGGCAGUGAAACCUGGAGAACUUUUGAAACAGCCAGCACUAAUGGGAUCGAUUCUACUUGAACCGGAUAUUUAAGCAGUUAUGAUGGGUCAGGGUACGUGCAGUAUUAUGAUCAAUCUGAAUAUACUUAUGAGAAGUUCUCUGAAGAUUAUAAUUAUGGGGUUAGCACAGGAUGACUUUCAAAAUCAACUAGAGCUAUUUUUAUUAGCGGAAAUAUCUAUCAUCCUUCAUCGAACUAUUGAAUUUAUUUUAAUGCUAUUUAUGAAUGCUCGGUAGACGGGCUUGUAUAUCCAAGUAUAAUAAAUUAAGAUUAAAUUUAAUUCUAGUGGUCAACAGGAAUCAUUGCGGUCCCUUGGCAUCCCAUAGAAAGUUUCGCGUUUAAACUUAGCACUAUCCUUGCAUCUGCCCUUUUAAUCCUGAAUUCACCAAAAAUGGUGACGUAGAUGGUCUCUCUGGGAGAUCGCCCUACCCGCUUCUUGGUCCAGUAAACGACAAACACUCCCUGAACCUCCAAGAGGGCUCAGAGUCUAGGUGGACCGCCUUUGCCUUCUCGAUAGCCUGUCUGAGCCGUAUUAGAGGUGCAGAAAUGUUUCAAUGAGUGCUCAGGGACUUUACGUCUUUAAGUGCGUUUGCAAGCCAGGAAAAAAGAAUCAGGGGUCAGCCCCUAGACCAAAAAACCCACCAGAGAGCUUUCACAGUGUAGCCCCUCUUUUCUGGGUCAGAUUAACUCUCAGAUCGCCAAAAGCCUUGCAAGAUCACGCCAUUUUAAUAUUCUUCAAGUAUAAUAGAAACCGUUGCUUUUACUCCAAAUAUUUUCACACGAAGCAAAGGAGCGACAACUGCUGAUAUCUUUAGAAUCAUUUUUUCACUUUACAUCCUUUAUGUCUAUGUCAUGACCAUUUUGGAAAUCAAGGAUGGAAAGAAAAACAUCCAGCACGCGCUUUCUUUCCAAGGGAUUCUAGAUCUUCUUUUAAUUAUUUUCAUUAUUGUUACGGUUGGAUUAACUGCUAAGGUUGAUGAAGACGAGAAAAAAAUUUACCAAGAUACAAAGUACACCGACCUAAGAAGCACUGCUGAAUGAUACCGAUUCUACCACAAUUUAAAUGCCUGCACCUUGACUUUGGUUUUGAUUCGAAUCAUUGUGUUUUUGCAAGUAAAUAAAAGGAUCUUCAUCCUUAUGUCAACAAUUAAAAACGCCUCACAAAAUCAGAUUGCAUUUAUGGUCAUCUUAAUCUCAGUCCUGUCAUCCUUAGCUAUCAUUGCCCAAAGUAUUUGGGGUCAGAAUCUUUUUAUGUUUAGAUCGUUUCCUUAUUCUUUUCUCAUGAUUUUAUUGCUAAAUGUAGGCCAUGGAGACUAUAAAACGAUGUUUGACUUAGACUUGGCCUGGAGUGUGAUUUUCUUUUUGGUUUAUUUCUUUGGGAUUGUGUAUUUCUUAUUUGCAGCAUUCAUGGGAAUUUAUACCGAUUCCUAUAAAAUGGUGAGACUGCUGGAAGGCUACGAUGAUGACCAGAAUACUUGGAAGAAAAAAGACUUGAUGUUGUGGUUUAUCGACUGGAUUCCUUCAUUCGCUAAAAGACUUAUAGUAGAAUUAAUAUUUAAGGAAAGCAAAAAGAAGGUGAAAGAGGAGGAAGAAGAAGAUGACGAUGAAGAAAUUGAUUAA